CCACUGGCAGUAUUAAAUACUCAGCCCCGAGCUGUGGAAGAGUCACGUCUACCCAGGAACAUGCUGUCUGCUCUGCUCAUUGGACUCCUCACAGUCCUGCUCUAUCUCUUCAUAUCUGCAUGGAGGAAACGGCAACAUUUACCCCCGGGGCCGACUCCAUGGCCUAUUAUCGGCAACCUGCACCAGAUUGAUAAAUCUGCACCUUAUAACACUUUCACUGAGCUCGGGGAGAAGUAUGGAAACGUCUACACACUCUACACUGGUUGGAAGCCGACAGUGGUUCUGUAUGGCUACGAUACACUGAAGGAAGCCCUACUGGGACAGGCCGACGAUUUCAGUGGGAGGGCGAUUGUGCCCGUUUUUGAAAGGGUUGCCCGGAGAAAAGGUUUGGUCUUCUCCAAUGGGCAGCACUGGUUCCACCAGAGAAGGUUCUCCUUGACCACUCUGCGAAACUUUGGGAUGGGAAAGAAGAGCAUUGAAGAAAGAGUGGUUGAGGAGACCAUGGUUCUGGUGGAACUCUUCAAGGCACGCAAUGGGAAACCUUUUAACCCAGGUCCUGAAUUGACUGCUGCAGUUUCCAAUGUGAUCUGCUCCAUCGUCUUUGGAGAUCGGUUUGAUACACAAGAUAAAACCUUCCAGACCUUGCAUACAAUGAUCAACGAGAACCUCACCUUCCUGGGAAGACGGGGUUUUCAGCUUUACAAUGCAUACCCUGAGAUUCUGAAAUGGCUUCCUGGAGAACAUAACAAGAUCUUCCAGAAUGCCAAAAUGCUGCAGACGUUCCUCAGAGGUCUCAUUGAGAACCACGUUCUGACACGUGAUGCCAACUGCCCUCGAGAUUUUGUGGACUGUUUCUUAAAUAAAAUAGAUGAGGAAGGCCAUAACCCCAGUUCACACUUUACAAUGGAGAGCUUGACCAUGACGACCUUCAAUCUGUUCAUUGCCGGAACUGGAACUACUUCCUCAACCAUCCGCUGGGCCAUUAAGCUUAUGCUGGAAUAUCCAGAAAUCCAUAAAAAGGUGCAGGCUGAAAUAGAUAAUGUCCUAGGCUCAGAGAAAUGGCCUUCCCUGGAGCAUCGUGUGUCCAUGCCAUAUACCAACGCUGUAAUCUAUGAGGUACAGCGAUAUGCAAGCAUUGUCCCCAAUGGCCUCCCCCAUGCUGCCUUGCAAGAUAUAAAAUUUAAAGGAUACACGAUACCAAAGGACACCCAGAUUAUCACAUUUUUACACUCUGCUCUGUAUGACAAAAAAUACUGGGAUAAACCUGAGGAAUUCAACCCAGAUCGCUUCCUGGAUGGGAAUGGGAAGUUUUUGAACAAUGAAGCUCACAUACCGUUUGGAGCAGGUAAAAGGUCCUGUGUUGGUGAAGCAUUAGCAAAGACAGAGAUCUUCAUCUAUUUCGUCAGUCUUAUACAGAGAUUCAACUUGAAAUUUCCUCCGGGGGAACGAGGACCAAUCGGAUUAAUUCAAGGAGGGACCCGCGAUCCAGUGCCGUUUAAUAUCUGCGCUGAAUGGCGCCUUUAAGAUACUUGUGGAAAUGUUCUUUGCUCAAUGAAUGCAGACUCGCCUCAUGA